AUGGCAAAGAAAAACAUUAAAUCGACAGGAGAUACAUUGAAUGUUGUCUCUUCAGAACCAGUUAAUUCAAUUGAAGAAGUUGCUGAUAAAUUGAAAGAUUCGAAGGGAGUAGAGACCGAAGUGAAGGAUGAAGCAGACAAAACAGAAAUUGGUGGAGCGAAGACUAAUGCUACAGAAACCUCAGAAAAUGAAGAAAAGAGCAAGGAAUCUACUGAAGUGACCGAUAAAAAAGAGGAAAGUGCCGAAGUUAGUGAUAAAAAGAGUGAAAUCAACGCCACUGAUAGCUCUGCAGCAAUCAGUGUCGAUAAGAAGGAAGUUGCAGACAAGAAAGACGAUACUGAUAAAAAUGACGAUGUUAGUACCAAAGAUGAUAAAAAGCAGGGCAGUCAAACUGCCAAGGGAAAUUAUGUAGAAGAAGAUGCACCAGCUCCACCUCCAAGACCAAUUUCACCAUUAACACAAAUUAAGCAGGACUUGAAAGAUGCGUUCCCCAACAUCGAGGAGAAGAUUAUUACUGCAGUUUUGAUUGCAUCUCAAGGUAACCCAGAUCCGGCUUUCAAUGCGUUGUUAUAUAUCUCUGAUCCUUCUGUUGAGGCAGAAAUUCCAGAACCGGCUCCACCAGUACCAAGUAAACCAGUGCACACCCAGAAGAAUACAUUGACUGAUGAUGAAUUAUUAGCAAGAAAGUUGCAGAAAGAAUUCGAGCUCGAGGACAAGAGAAGAAGGGCCCAGCAUCAUGAUCGUGAUCGUGAGAGAAGAAGAAGAAGACAACAAUCUCAACCAGAGGACGCAGACGACGAUAGUGUUGACGAGUUUGGCCAAAUUAAGGAGAGUUUUUCCCAGGGAUUCGAAGAAGCUAGAACCACGUUGAAUGGUUGGGUCAGUGGUUUAGCUAAGAAAUUUCAGGAACCAACUGAUGAUGCCAUACAAUCAAAGGAAUCGCAAUCGCAAAAUCCUAAGCUCUUUGGUGCAUUGGGUGGAUCGUCGUUUACAAAGCAGAGCAAGAAAAAUACUUUUGAUGAAGAUCCACGUAUUAUUUCGAACGAUUUGCAUAGUCAAAUUAACUUAAAGGAUAACGAUGAAGACGAACAAGAUGCACCUUCGUUACCUAAACGUCAAGGAGAUCUAGCAAAUAGGGAGAAAUCGACCCAGUCUGACAGUUAUAUCGAUUCGAACAAGAAGUGGCAACCUUUAAACUCAGACGUACCCGUUAAUUCAGACGCAUUUUUAGUUACUGACAGCGAAGAUGAAGAUACUGGUGUAACAAGUUAUGAUACAAAGAAGACAAAGCAAUCAUCCUGA